AUGCCACCAAAGAAGCAAGUUGAAGAGAAGAAACUCCUUUUAGGAAGACCAGGAAACAACCUGAAGUCUGGUAUUGUUGGAUUGGCCAAUGUUGGUAAGUCCACCUUUUUCCAGGCCAUCACUAGAUGCCCACUUGGAAACCCUGCCAACUACCCCUUUGCUACGAUCGAGCCUGAAGAGGCCAGAGUGAUUGUUCCUUCUGAGCGUCUUGACAAGCUCUACGAAAUGUACAAGCCACCUAAGAAAGUUCCAGCUUACAUCACCAUCUACGAUAUUGCUGGUUUGACUAAAGGUGCUGCUGCUGGAGAAGGUCUUGGUAACGCUUUCUUGUCCAAUAUCCGUGCUGUUGAUGCCAUUUACCAGGUGGUUAGAUGUUUCGAUGACGCAGACAUCAUCCACAUUGAGGGAGAUGUUGACCCUACCAGAGAUUUGGAGAUUAUUUCCAACGAGUUGAGACUCAAGGAUAUUGAUUUUGCCGAGAGUCACUUGGAAGGUAUCCACAAAAUCACCAAGAGAGGUGGUCAAUCGUUGGAGGUUAAGCAAAAGAAAGAGGAGGCUGUUUUGGUCGAGAGAAUCAUCCAGCUUCUCAAGGAUGGCCAGAGAGUUGCCAACCAAACCUGGACAAGUAAAGAAAUCGAGGUCAUCAACAGCAUGUACCUCUUGACUGCCAAGCCAACCAUUUAUCUGAUCAACCUUUCGGAGAGAGAUUAUGUUAGAAAGAAGAACAAGCACUUGCUGAAGAUCAAGGAGUGGGUCGACAAGUACUCUCCAGGAGAUGUGAUCAUUCCACUUUCUGUUUCCUACGAGGAGAGAUUGUCCCAAAUGGAGACUGACGAAGAGAGAGCCGAGGAGGAGAAGAAGGUUGGUGCUCCUUCCAUCUUGCCAAAGAUCAUUAUCACCAUGAGAAAGAAGCUGGAUUUGAUUUCUUUCUUCACUGCUGGUGAGAAGGACGAGGUCAGGGAAUGGACCAUUAGAGACGGAACUAAAGCUCCGCAAGCUGCAGGUGUUAUUCACACAGACUUGAUGAAGACUUUCAUCUUGGCCAACGUGAUGAAGUACAACGAUCUGAUCGAGUUGGGAGACGAGAAUGCUGUGAAGUCAGCUGGUAAGUUGCUCCAGAAGGGUAAGGACUAUACUGUCGAGGACGGUGAUGUCAUCUAUUUCAGAGCUGGUGCCGGAAAGAACUAG